CCGGUGGGGAUUUUGAGGAAGAAGAAGAGAUAGAGGUUGAUCAGCCCAUAAUGGAGGAAAAUAACGGACGUAGGCGGACUGUGCUCCAAGCCAUGAGCCCCGCCUAUGUUGAAGAAGACCCCAUCGGACUCCCGAACACUGACGCCCACACAUUCGAGAUCAAACCUGCCAUGAUCCAAAUGGUCUCGAAUAAUCAGUUCGGGGGUAUGAAGGGAGAAGAUCCAAGGGCCCACAUGCUAUGGUUCUCCCGAACCUGUCAGACGCUGAAGAUGAACGGAGUGACCUCCGAUCGUAUCAAACUAUCGCUCUUUCCUUUCUCACUUCGAGAUAGGGCGGCCCGAUGGUUGAAUACGUUCUCAAAGGGUCAUUUCAAAAACUGGGAGGCACUACACCAAGCUUUCAUGCACGAAUACUUCCCACCAUCCGCCAUCGCCAAAAUCAAACGAUCGAUCCAGAAUUUCUCUCAAGAUUCGAUCGAAUCCCUAAGCGAGGCAUGGGAAAGAUUCAAGGAUCUGAAGAUCAAAUGCCCACCUGCCCUAAUUGAUGAUGAUAGCCUGAUGUUCCAUUUUUAUCAAGGACUUCUGGUGCCGUCAAAGAAAGAACUCGACCACUCUUUUAAGGUCGGCUCUUUCUUAGAUAUGACACCGGAAGAAAAUGAGGAUCUGGUGGAGAGACUAACUUCAAAUGCCAAAUACUGGUACGAAGACCGAGCACCACAACAGAAGGCUGGCAUGUACGAAGUGGAUUCCUUGACGGCACUUAAAGCAAGCAUGGAAAGUUUGAUCAAACUAACUAUUCAAGAUCAGUUCAGUGCAAGCUCCCGAUCCAACAAACCAUACGAGUCAGUUGCUCAGGCUGAUAACUACUGUCAAGGCAGUUCAAGUUCGCACUCAAACGAACUUGUUCUAUCUUGUGAAUCAUGUACAGGUACACACUUGACAGCCCAGUGCCCUUACUAUGAAAGCCCGAUCAAGGAAAAGCCUAGAGAAGCAAAUUUGGCCCAACAAGCUGAGGAUCCCACGACCGAGAUGAAGAAAAUGCUAGAAGAAAAAGACAAGAAAAAUGAAGAAAGAAUCCAGAGAUUGGAGGAGUCGAUGCGACAACUUAUGGAACAAAUGACGAUCCGACCUCCAGGAACUCUGCCAGCCAAAACUGAAAACAACCCACGAGAACACCUCAAGGCUGUUACCUUGCGAAGUGGGAAAGAAACGAAGGGCAUUGGCCAGAGUUCUGAACCAACUCUGAAAGAUUAUGUGGCUGAACUAGUCAAUGAGCCAACUGAGAAGAAGAAAGAAGAAGAAAAGAAGGACGAAGAACCUUUACAGUCCCAAUAUCCAAACAGCGAUCUCCCGCUAAAGAAGGUGACCAUACCCUAUCCUUCAAGGGUAAAGAAGAGCAAGGAUGAAAAAGCCUUCAAGAAGUUCUUAGACAUCAUGGGCCAAGUUGAAGUCAAACUGCCCUUAGUCGAUGUCUUGACGGAAAUGCCAAAGUACGCCAAGUUCUUGAAAGACUUGGUCACACAUAAAAGGGACUGGGAGGAACUUCCAAUGAUCAAUCUCAACGCAAGCUAUUCCGCGUUGUUACUCCAGCACAUGCCUGAAAAAUGCAAGGAUCCAGACAAAGGGUCUUUUGAGACACUUCUCGGCCUGGAGGAGAUUUUGAAGGUUGAGGGGAUUGAACCAAGUAAGUGUGAGGAUGUUCAGGAAGUAGAGGCUAAGGGACUUGAUUCCCUAGAAUUGAAGCCACUUCCCAAACAUCUUGAGUAUGCAUUUCUGGAUGACGAGGGAAAAUGCCCAGUCGUCAUCGCAUCUGAUCUGAGUGUGGGACAAAAGGCCGAUCUAAUGACUGUCCUCCGACAACACAAGCAAACUUUUUCUUGGAAGUUGGAGGAUAUUCGAGGAAUCAGCCCGGCCUUUUGCACCCACAAAAUUGCACUUGAAGAAGGGU